AUGGCCACUAUGAGCGUGAAGCCAGCUUUACGUUACAGUGUGUCUGACUGGGAAAAUAACAUCCAAGAGCUGGCCGGCAGAGCGGAACACAUACGACAGCUAUCACACGAGAUUCGUCAGGCGGGAACGACUCUGCGAAACGAGGCUGCUAGUAAGACAAACUGGGAUGAAAAUGCCAGCUGUCGUACGUUGAGUGACAGGAUCAGAGAUGUCACUCGCUGGAAAGAGAACCUCGAAGCUUGUGCACAGGAAGUGGACACAGAGAUGGACGCCCUUACCCGGUCAAAGGAGGAGACUGAGCGUGCUCUGUCCGCAAUGACCCUCCCCUUGGAGGUCACGGUUGAGUGCUUGACCUUACGGGAGGGUCGUCAAGGCAACGAGCUGGUCAGUGACCCUGUGGAGGCUGAUUUAAAGAAGGAAGUGGAAGUGAUUGACAGGGUGCAGCGGACGCUCCAACAGUGCAUCGACCAGGCCUUUGAACAGCUCUGUCUGCUGCAGGAAGCCCGUCAUCAGCUGACCCUUGACCUCCAGAACAAGAUGGAAGCUCUGGACGUGGACACGUCCUGCCUGUCACUCACGGUGGACUCGCCUGAGAUCUCCCUGAAACCUAACCCCACCAGAGUGCCUCAUGGAUCCACUACCCCACAGCAGUGGGAGCAGUUUAGCCAUCAUAACGUGACUCAGGCACUGGAGGGGAUACAGGCCUCUGUGCAGCUGAGGGAAAACAUGAGUAUGACCAGAGUUCAGGUGCAGAUUGAGCUGGAGGCUCAGCGUUUGGCCACAGAGUUUUCUCUGAGGAAGCGUACCCACCAGCUGGAACAAGCCUGCCAUGAGCUGCAGUGGCAACUAAAGACUGCCCAGGAUGAGAUCUCAGAUCUGGAGAGUGACAUCCGUGGUUUGGAAGAGGAACUGCACGCCAAGAUGGGUCCCCUGAAACUGGUUCACACCCGUUUGGAGAACAGAACCAAAAGGCCUGGCAUAGACAUGUGCAGAGAUGAGGUGCAGUAUGGGUUGGUGGAAGAGGCCAAGCAACUAGAUGCCACCAUUUUAGCUCUGAAGAACAAACUGAGCCAGGCACAGCAUUCCUUACAGUCUCUGCGGCAGCACGAGGCCCGUAUGGCCGAGGAUCUCUCGCGGAAGAAGGACGCUCUGUCUUUGGAAUGCCGUAGCCGCGAGACGCGUCAACGUCUCACUGUAGCUGUCCAAGCGGAGAGCUCACAGAGUAUUGUGGUGCCCCUGACGAACUCCAGUGGGAGACACACCCUGCAGCUGGCAUGA